AUGCCAUAUCGACUACGCCGCAUAGAAUAUCCGGACAGCAUGCAAUCAAGCUCUCUUUCCCGCGGUCGGCCUCAAGCUUCAAGCAAAUCAGCAGGUCAUUUCGACCCGUUUGACCUUGCGCGAAGACUGGAGGCCCAUCAAGUGCAAUGCAAGGAGGCGUACAGGCUUCAUCAACAGAAAGUGAAGCAGAGGGAGGCAGCAAAAUGUCUCCACCCAGAAGCUGGUGAGAUUGAUAUGAGAAAACCUGACGGUUCAGCGUCACAAGCUUGGGAGCGGACUGUCAAGAAAAGCAACGCCAUCGCGAAAACGACGUCCAUGACUGGCCAAGAUUCAGUCAAAGCAGAUGUCGAGCUUCUACGACAAAGCAACCAGUCACACAAUGCUCGUCUUCCGAGAAGCAGUUCGUUAACCUCGGCGCGUACAGCAUCUGCCAGCGGAGCAUCGGUCGCUCGAGAGAGGACUUCACUAGGUUCUGCCUACGUUACACAUAACAUUUCGAAACAAAUCUUACACAGCCCUGCAGUUGGCCGGCCGCAUUAUCCACUUCAGACCACAAAAAGCGGAGAAAGGUCCCAGAUCAAGCCACAGAAUUUUGAGAUUCACAGUAGCAAUACAUCACUUGCUUGCAGGCGGAAAACUCGAGCUAUGGAUGUCCCAAACAACGCAACUCGGAAGAGUGAUGGCGGCCUGGAAAAUGGCAUUUAUGUGCCAAGAUAUGCAGCUUCAGGUUUGGUAAUGACAACCGUUCAAGGCGUUACCGACCGGAACAAGCUCUCAAGGCAAUUUUCGCAAGGAGAUCCAUUCCAACGUGGUACGAACCACAAAGCCAUGAGGGCCAUACCCGUGAAUGCAUCUCCUGUACAGUCAAAACCUAAGGUCAAGCAUUGCACAAGACAAUGCAACAGCGCAAUGCUAGCAGACAGUUCGCCAAGCACCGUGGUUGAUGGAAAUACCCAAAGGUGCGACCAGGAAUUGGGAACAGGCGAGACUACCAAACCGCGCUUGGAACCAGUAGUUGAGGAAGAUGUUCUUCUUUCCAGAGAUGAAUGCAGGGAGCGCGAGCAACGACAACGGCGUUCACUACGAGCAAAGAUCUCUAGCCUGAUGAUAUCGAGUCAAAGGAAACCGGUCGAGAAUGCCUCUCUGUCCGAGGAGCCCCUUGUGAAGCCGACCAUAUCACGACGUAAAUCAAUGCUAAUCAUGUUUAGAUGA